AUGGCAAGAUGUUCAACAAAGGCGGAUGUAACGUUCGUUUUAGAUUCCUCAGAUACAGUCGGACAAACAAACUUUGCAAAGCAAUUAACUUUUGUUAAAAAUACAGUGAACAAUUUAGACGUAGGUAGAGACAAAGUAAGAAUCAGUACUGUGACGUUUAGUUCAGGUGUGCAUAAUCAGUUUUUCUUGAACAAUUAUGCCACCAAGACUGACGUGAUGAAUGCCGUCUCCGGGAUUCAAUAUCUACCAGGAAGUACAGACACUUCAGAUGCUCUAAAAUACGUCACGCAGACAUCAUUUACCCCACAACACGGGGGUAGAGGUGGUAUACCACACAUCAUGGUAUUGGUGACAGAUGGCCCAUCAUUGACCAGGGACAUAACUAAACUUCAAGCACAAACAGCAAAAGACAACAACAUUGCGAUCUACACUGUUGGAGUUGGUCAUGGUAUUGACCUUGAUGAACUGAAGUCAGUCUCAAGUGAUCCAGACUCACGCUACUUGCUAACAGCUGACAACUACGAUUCACUCAACAGUCUUUCAGAAUUGCUGGCAACAAAAAUGUGCAAUGGUUGUUUACAGAAAGCCGAUCUGGUCUUCAUGGUUGAUUCAUCAAGUACAGUAGGAAACCUCAACCUAGAAAAAACAGAAAACUUCAUCAAAAACUUCGUAACAAAAUUAAAUGUUGGCAAAAAUGCUGUUCAUGUAGGACUUGAACAAUACGGAAGCCGUCCAUCAUCUGAAUUUGCUCUGCGUAUGUACGACAACAGAUAUGAUGUCUUAAAGGCUAUUCAUGGAAUGCAGUUAAUGGGUGGCGGUACCAACACAGGAGACGCUAUUGAAUUUGCCAAAACUACGAUGUUCUCGCCGGCAGCAGGUGCCAGAUCUAACGUCCCAAGAAUAGCAAUCAUGGUGACCGACGGUGGUACUUCAGAAACCGCAGCUGCCAUUAAUCAGGCAAAUGAGGCAAGAGCUGCCCAUAUCAGUAUGAUUGGAGUUGGUGUUGGUGGUCUAGUCAACAUGCAGGAAUUAAACAGUAUUGCAGAUAAGCCAUCUGCAAGUCAUGUGAUCACCGUACGAAAUUACGACGAAUUGGAAAGUAUUUCUAACCAACUAAUGACUAUGACAUGCGGAAAUUACACUUCAUGCACUGAUAAAAUCAGUAACUGUCAGGAAUAUGGAUCCAAAGUGUGCACUGACUACAAACAAUGGUCAGAAGUAAACUGUCGAUCAUUCUGUCAAAUCUGUUCAUAUAAAUACGCUGUAACUGAGACUUGUGUCGAUCAACUGGGUAACUGUGCUAGCUACGGAAAAGGUUCCUGUACAUCGUACAAACAAUGGGCUCAGGAUAACUGUAAACAAUAUUGUGGAUUCUGCACUUCUACAGCAGUAACUGGUGGAUUUUACAACCGAUGUGCCUACAAAGGCAAAUCCUACACUCCGGGACAGAAAUGGUAUGAUGGAUGUGAUUAUGAGUGUGUUUGUCAAGAUGGAGCCACUGGGCGUUACCAGUGUUAUAAUAGAUGUCCAGUAUACUACAACCUACCAUCUAUGUGUACCCUUGUUAGAAAGCCAGGAGAAUGUUGUUUACAACCCGUCUGUAACUUUAAACCAGCCAUUCAGAAGUUUGAAUCAUCAGGGAAAGGACAAAAUCAGUUUGGAAUUGAUGUCUGUGUAUAUAAAGGAAAACAGUAUUACCAAGACCAGAGUUGGACUGAUGGAUGUGACUUCCAGUGCACAUGUACUGCUGCUAAAACAGGUCUCUACCAGUGUGAACAAUUAUGUCCAUCCUAUUCUGUUCUCCCCCAGAUCUGUCAUUUAGAACAGACACCAGGACAAUGUUGUAAGAAACCAGUAUGUGAGUUUACACAGCAAGCUGGUACCUUCUCUGGUAACGGAAUGAUCAGUGGAAGUGGAAUCAGUAAGUCUAGAACUGCACCAUUUUCUGGACCUUGUCUUGACUUGUUAACCUGUUCUAACUAUGGUAGUGAUGUAUGUACUACAUACAAGGACUGGGCCAAGAAAAACUGCAGAAACACCUGUAACUUCUGUCCAAGCUCACAAUCUUCAGGACCAAAUGAUCAUUGUGUAUAUGAUGGAAAGUCAUACAAACAGGGAGAAGUUUGGGCACCAAAAUGUGAUGAGAGAUGUUCCUGUGAAAAUGCUAAAUAUGGUUAUUAUAGAUGUGUCAAUACAUGUCCCAGUUAUACUAACUUGCCAUCAGGAUGUAACCUGAACAGAAGAAAUGGUGAAUGUUGUCUCAAAGUACAGUGUACCAAUGGAGUCUUUUUGCAAUCUGCCACCAGCAGCUAUUCUCUGGGUGGAGGUGGUGGAAUUCAAAUUGUCAAUCAGAAUGGAAAUGUCUUCCCCAUACCCACACUGGCUGGUGGUUAUAUCCAAGGAGGCGGAUCAGGAACAGGGAUGCUCCCACCCACAAUAGAUGGAUGUCUUUAUAAUGGACAAGUUUACUCACAAAAUCAGGCAUGGAUGGAUGGAUGUUCCAAAUACUGUGUUUGUGUAGACGCUACUAAAGGUCAAAUGUCAUGCAGAGCAAGAUGUCCAAAAUAUAAUAACAUGUCACCAACAUGUGUCAUGAGUACUGACCCUAAUGACCCUUGCUGUUCUGCUCCAAAAUGCACCUUUGAUGCAAAUUUGGGAAAAGUACCUCAACCACUUCCAGCAUUUGGCCAGUCUGCACUCACUAACUCAAUAGUCUCUCCUCAGACAGGAGCAAGUGAACACAAUGGUUAUGGAAGGACAAUAAUCCCCUUGUUUAAUACAGCAUACACACCAGCACCUCCCACUGUUGACCCUGGAAAAAUGUCAGCUGGAGGAUACUGUGACUACGGAGGAAAACGAUACAAUGUAGGACAGAAAUGGGACGUAGGAUGUCGGUAUAACUGUAUAUGUGAUGAUGGAAAAUCAGGUCAUUACACAUGUGUAGAAAAGUGUGUUCACUACAAUAAUCUACCACAAGGUUGUUUCCUAAUUCAAGAUUCGGCUAAUCCAUGUUGUAAAGUUCCACGAUGUAACGUACCUCCAAAAUAUGAAAUACUCACAGGAGUCAGAACAACACCAUCAGCAAGAACUGGUGUGUGUACAUACAAAGAGCAAUAUUACCAACAAGGACAAACUUGGUAUGAUGGUUGUAGUUACAGAUGUACCUGUGAAGAUGCUGAGAAAGGCAUAUACAGAUGUCUAAGUCGUUGUCCCGAAUAUCCACUCAGUCAUGGUUCUGAAUGUACACUGAUAUCCGAUCCACGUGACCCAACAUGUUGUCAGAUGAGAGUAUGCGGAAUUAAAAAUGGAACAUCAGGGAACAAUUCACCAAAUCCAACUCCAGCAAGAGUUCCACCAGCAGUAUACCAUGGAAUAGAAACAAAUUUCCAAGGAAAAAGUGGUGUAUGUAUUUACAAAGGUCAGGCUUAUAAACAGGGAGAUAUCUGGCAAGACGGUUGUGACUAUACAUGUACAUGCGAGGAUGAAAUAAAGGGAGCUUACUCUUGUACAGAUAGAUGCCCAGUUUACAUCAAUCUUCAACCUGGUUGUGAAAUGGUCAGAGACUUCAGUAAUCCAUGUUGUAAGAAACCACAGUGUACAGUUACUGGACCCCCACCUACACGUAUCUACCAUAAUGUACCAAAUCUUCCAGUAACAUUGAAGCCAGAGCUACAAUACUGUGUAUAUAAGGGAGUAAGCUACUUACAAGGUCAGGAAUGGGAAGAUGGAUGUAGUUUCAAAUGUCGAUGUGAUGACUCAAGCAGAGGAAUAUACACUUGUAAUCAAAGAUGUGCCUCAAUUGAUCAAAAUAUUCAAGCUGGAUGCACAUUGAGGACAGAUCCUAGAGAUGCCUGUUGUCUUGCACAAUUCUGUGUACAAACAACUCCACAACCUCAACCAGGAGUAUCCCACGGACCGACACCAGUACCAACACUGAAACCAAACACCUUUACAGGACAGGUCUAUCUUCCAACACCUUCACCAAUACCAGGCCAACCAACACCAACUCCUGGUAGAUUAGGUGUUUGUAUAUAUAGAGGUCGCCAGUAUUCUCAAGGUCAAACAUUUGAUGAUGGAUGUGACUUUGAUUGUGUUUGUUUCAAUGCAAAUGAAGGAAAAUACAGAUGUUCUCCAAAACUUGUCAAAAACCCAAGAAAACCCUGUUGCCAGAUACCUGAAUGUUAUAAUUUACCCACUCAAAACCCAACUCAGCCAACUCCAAGUCCAACUCCAUACACUGGUCAGCCAACUCCAAGUCCAUCUCCAUACACUGGUCAGCCAACUCAACGUCCGACUGCAUACCAUGGUCAGCCAACUCCUAGACCAACUCCAUACACUGGUCAACCAACUCAAAGUCCAUCUCCAUACACUGGUCAGCCAACACUACCUCCACGUGUAACACCACAACCUCUUCCACAACAGACAGUUCAACCAACACAACGACCAACUCCACAACCACAACCAACACAGCCAAUAAAUGUAUGUGUUUACAAAGAAAUUACAUUUGAUUGUAAUUUUGUAGAUGUAUGUGUUUACAAAGGCAUUGCCUACUCCCAAGGACAACAGUGGUAUGAUGGAUGUGAUUACUCUUGUGUUUGUGAAGAUGGUAUUACUGGUGUAUACAGAUGUAACAAUAGAUGCCCUACAUUUGCACAACAGUCAGAUCCAAGCUGCACAUUACAGCCUGAUCCUACAGAUCCACUGUGUUGUAAAGUUCCUGUAUGUACACCAAUACCAGGUCAGACACCAAUACCGGGUCAUACUUAUCCACCAUACCAAACACAGCCACCAAAGAUUUUCUCUGGUGGUGUUGCUACCCCCGCUCCAACACAAAGAACAACUCAAAGACCUAAUAUUAACGUUAAUCCAAAAGUGACACCAACAUUCUACCCACCAGUUACCGUAACUUAUAGGCCAGGAGAAACUCCCAGACCCACACCUUAUCCAUUACCAACGCAACCAAAAAUAUCCACACCAGCACCAUUACCAACAGUCACCCAACCACCAAUAUAUAAAAGUAAUUAUUGUAUAUACAAGAGUAAAACCUACAGCAAGAACCAGAGAUGGCAAGAUGGCUGCCAGUAUGAUUGUAUCUGUUUAGAUGAUCAAGGAAAUUACAGAUGCACAGAAAAAUGCCCAACAUACUCAAAUCUACAACCAGGAUGUCGAUUGAUAAUGGAUUAUUCAAAUCCUUGUUGUCAGAAACCAUACUGUCCACCACCAACCUCUCCAAAUCCUCUCACCUUAACACCACCACAACCACAAGUCUUUGUUUCAACAAAAAAACCAACAUACUGUGUAUACAAUGGUGUACAGUUUAAACAAGGUCAAACUUGGAAUGAUGGUUGUGAUCUUCGUUGUAUCUGUGAAGACUCCAUGACUGGUUUCUACAGAUGUGAUGACAGAUGUCCACAAUGGCCACAGUUACCACAAGGAUGCAGUCUAACCACGGAUCCCAAUGAUGUUUGUUGUAAGAAACCAAUUUGUACACCAGAUGUCAUGACACCUCCUACAUUAUAUGUACCAACCCCAAAUCCAACAUCAUAUCCAAACCAACCGACACCAUCGCCACAACCAACACAGCCACCAACUCCCUACACAUUUACACUACCUACACCAAUCAAAACAGGAUACUCAGAGAAUUGUAUGUACAAGGGAGUAGCUCAUACACAGGGACAGAAAUGGGAUGAUGGAUGUUCAUUGGAGUGUGAAUGUAUGGAUCAGAGGACAGGAAGAUACAGGUGUUCCAGCAAAUGUCAAGAUUACUCAAACUUCCCAAGACCAUCUUACUGCCACCUGGUCUCAGAUCCACGAAACCCAUGUUGCAAAGUAGUACAGUGUAAUCCAGUUGUGACUCCUCAACCAACACCACGACCAAAUCAACAAACAGUAUCACCACCAUUAGGACAAACAAACCCUCCGACACUAUAUCCUGGACAACCAACACAAAAACCACCCGUUGGAACCCUAUCUCCAAAUGUUAAUCCUACACAGCAGCCAACACGAAAUCCACCAUUUUCUCAACCAACUCCAUCUCCAACACCACAUGUAUGUGUAUAUAAGGGUGUGCCAUACACUCAAGGACAGCAGUGGUACGAUGGCUGUGACAAAGUAUGUAUUUGUGAAAACGGUAUGACAGGUUAUAUACGAUGUCGUCAGAGAUGUACAACUUACGACAGUAUUGCUGCAGGCUGCACAAUGGUUCCAGAUCCAAAUGAUCCAGUCUGUUGUCAGAUACCAUCAUGCAUUCCUCAAAAUCAAACUCCAGGACCUUCUGGUUCACCAGUGAUUUUCACAGCCCCAACAGGCAAGGUCACAGGCUUUGGUACUGUCACACCACAACCAACACGAGGACCAACACUUAGACCUAACCUUGUGUACACACAAAAACCAAACCCACUUAACACACUACAACCAGGAACUGGACCAACUCAGAGACCACAAAUUGGUAUUACAUUUAAUCCAACUCCAAGUACCAAAGCUCCAACACCAGCACCAAGACCAAAUUACUGUGUUUACAAUGGUGUUCAGUACAAGACUGGACAGAAAUGGCAAGAUGGCUGUAAAUACAACUGUGUAUGUGAAGAUGGUAUGACUGGAUUUUACACUUGUAGUGAAAGGUGUCCAACUUUCCCAGCAGCUCUUCCACCAACAUGUUCCCUUACACAAGAUUCAAGAGAUUUCUGUUGUAAAACAGUUGUAUGUGAUUCACGGAAGACAACACCAUUUGUGCCCUUUGUUGCUCCAACUCAAGCACCAACAUACAAUCCACUGGCACCAUCAACUACACCUGGCACAUAUGGCCCAUAUCAAAAGAUUACAUUGAAUCCAAACCCAACUCCACCAGCUUAUUGUGUCUACUAUGGUGUUCCAUACAAACAGGGACAGACAUGGGACCAGGGUUGUGAGAAGAGGUGUCGAUGUGACGAUGCUACAAAUAAUUAUUACACCUGUUUUGACAGAUGUCCUUCAUACCCCAACCUUCCUUCAGGUUGUACAAGAACAACAGAUCCUAACGAUGUCUGUUGUCAGAUACCAUUCUGUCCAUCACCACAACCAAACAUUCCAGUGACUUAUUCACCACAGUUCCCAUACACUGGUCUUCCAACACGGGCUCCAACACCUUACCAUGGCCCUCCAACUCAAACGCCAGCACCAACACCAUACACAGGACAACCAACUCGAGCACCAAAACCAUACACAGGACAACCAACUAAUGCACCAAAACCAUACACAGGACAACCAACUAAUGCACCAACAACAUCCAGAUACCAAAUACCAACAUUGCCUGCUGGUGUCAUUGUAGGUGGUAGUCCCAGUCCAAAUCCACAAUUCGGGGGAUUUACAAAUGCCCCAUCUAAAUACUGUGAAUACAAAGGAGUGCGGUAUACUACUGGACAGAGAUGGCGGGAUGGCUGUGAUUACAACUGUGUUUGUGUUGAUGGAAUGUCUGGUGUAUACCAAUGUAAUCAGAGGUGUCCAAAAUUCCCACAGUUACCAGCAGGAUGCAUCAUGGUAACUGACCAGAAUGAUGCAUGCUGUCUUGUACCAGAUUGUCCAAAAACACCAGCACCAACAUAUGUUCCAACACCAGGCCCACAUGGACAAACCGUGAACCCCUCACCUACACCUGGACCAGGAGAAAGACCAUCACCACAGCCUACACAGACCGUUCCAUUCUUACCAAAUCCUAAUCAAGUUUGUGUAUACAAAGGUAAAACAUACACACAAGGACAAGCAUGGUAUGAUGGCUGUGACAUGAAAUGUGUUUGUGUCAAUGGAAUGACAGGAGUUUAUACUUGCUCACAGAGAUGUUCUCAGUAUGAUCAGAAUCCUAACUGUGUUUUGAUUCCUGAUCCAUCAGAUCCAGAAUGUUGUAAAAAACCACAAUGUACAUCCCAAAACACAAAUCCACCUGUAAUUGUUGGUACAAAUCCACCACGUCCACCUGUCUACCUAACAUUUGGACCAGGUGAAACCAUCAAUGGUGGAACUAGACCAACAGUCCCCGCUCCAGAAGUAUGUAUUUAUAAUGGAAAAACAUACAGCCAAGGACAAAAAUGGCAAGAUGGCUGUAAAUACACAUGUGAAUGUGUUAACGCUAAAAUAGGAAUGCACAAAUGUAUUCAGAGGUGUGCAGACAUGAGCAUGAUUCCACCAACCUGCAAACUGAAGUAUAAUCCAAUGGACCCAUGUUGCCCAUUACCAGAUUGUCCAAACCUGUAUGUCACUCCAAUACCUGGAACCAACAGAACUGUCCAACCACCAACCCUAAACCCUCUCAUGCCACAGCCUAAAUAUUGUGUAUAUAAUGGUGUGCCAUACACACAAGGUCAAACAUUCAAUGUUGGUUGUGAAAAGAGAUGUCGUUGUGAUGAUGCUUCAACAGGACAUAUAACUUGUGAUGAUCGAUGCCCUACAUAUCCACCAUUGAAAGAUGGCUGCCAGCUUUUGACAGAUCCAAGUGACCAGUGUUGCCAGGCUCCUCUGUGUGUUGAUACAAACCCCAAAACUCCAUUCCAAGUCAUCACAGCUCCAAAGGGUUCAUUUACUGGAGGCAAUCAACCUCAAGUUGGACCAAAUAGUCAAAUAGUUCUAUCAACUGGAAAAGCCUGUGCAUACCAUGGACAAAUAUACAGACAAGGACAGAAAUGGAAGGAUGGCUGUUUAUUUGAAUGUGAAUGUUUCGAUGAAUCAACAGGCCGAUACAGAUGUACUGAAGUAUGUCCAAGACAUCCACAAGUUCCAUCUUAUUGCACAUUGGUACAAGAUCCUAACAAUGAUUGUUGCCAGGCAGUCUACUGUCCAUUACAACCAACAAAUCAACCUCCUUAUACAGGAGCACCAACUCAAGCACCACUGCCUUACACUGGUGUUCCCACUCAAAGUCCAACUGGAGGACCAUAUGUAACACCUAAACCUACACCAAUGUGUGUGUACAAUGGCGUAGCAUACAGACAAGGACAGCAAUGGUACGAUGGAUGUGAUUUGACCUGCAGAUGUGAAGAUGCAAUGAAAGGAUACUACCGUUGUCAACAAAGAUGCAAUAGGUACGACAGUUUACCACAAGGAUGUACUUUGGUGGCAGAUCCAAGUGACCCACAGUGUUGUACAGUACCUCAAUGUCAGUUGAUCCCACCAAACGCAACACCUCAACCUGGAAUCUUCACUCCACCUGUACCUGUCUUUGGAUCAUUUACUGGCAGUGCUCCAAACCCAACACCUCAACCCACUCCUUCUCCAACAAUGAGGUUACCUAAUGGACAAAUUGUUGCUAUUACUCCCAAACCAGGACUACCAACACAGGCACCACCAACUCCUCAGCCAGGAUGUUUCUACAAGGGUAGAUCAUUUACACAGGGACAGAAAUGGGCUGAUGGAUGUCAAUAUAUAUGUGAAUGUGUUAAUGAUAUGAUUGGGCAGUAUAAAUGUACUGAAAGAUGUCAAAAAUAUCCAAACUUGCCAACUUACUGUACAUUGAUCCAGAAUUCCAAGGAUAGCUGUUGUCCAGUGCCUUACUGUGACAAGGUUAACCCAACUCCAUCCCUACCAGCAACCUAUCAACCAUAUGUUCCAACAACUCAUAAUCCAUUGUUUGUAAACCCAGGAACCAAUCCUGCAAUGACAGGCCAGCAAACUGCAUCACCAUUUGGAAAAGCAGGGUACUGUGUAUACAAUGGAGUGUAUUACAGACAAGGACAGACUUGGGUAGAUGGUUGUGACAAACGUUGUAGAUGUGAUGAUGUAACCACAGGUCUAUACAGUUGUACACAGAGAUGUCCUAUAUUCAACAACAUACCUUCAACAUGCUCAUUGGUUGCUGACAAUAAUGAUCCAUGCUGUACCGUACCACAAUGUAACCUGUUCCCAAGUACAGCAAGAUACACCGGCUCAGGCACACCACCAACAACUGCCAGACCAAACAUCAUUGUACCUACUCCAAUUCAGGGAGGACUGACAGGAGAAGGAACUCUUGCUCCUAACAAUCCACUCUAUAACCAAUUUGCUGGAAAUGGAACAGGUUAUUGUGCAUACAAAGGUAAAAUUUACAGCCAGGGACAGAGAUGGGACGAUGGAUGUGAUUAUAAAUGUCAGUGUAUUGAUGCCCUUAGAGGUCGUUACAAGUGUGAUUACAGAUGCCCGCAAUACUACAAUCUACCUGCCUACUGCCGCUACGAACAAGAUCCAAGUGAUUCAUGCUGCCGUAAACCCAAAUGUGAUCCAAGUCAAACAGUACAGCCACAAACAACACCUUCCAUAUACAACAAUCUAGGACCUACAGUUGCUCCCAACAAGCCAAAACCAUUGGAUAUGUGUGUUUACAAGGACAGGACUACACAUGCACAAGGAUCAAGCUGGGAUGAUGGUUGUGACCUCCACUGUACAUGUGAAAAUGCCACCUUGAACAUCUACCAAUGUCAAGCCAAAUGUAAACUAUUCCAGCAGCUUCCAUCUCAAUGUACAUUGGUCAGGGAUCCUGUUAACAGGUGUUGCUACAUUCCUAGAUGUGUCGCCACAGGAACCAACAUCCCACUGAACCCGUACUACAAUACACACAAUGGGUCAUCUAAUGUAACACCACAACCAGGAAAACUGAACAUUGUUCCACUAGGACAAUAUAAUGUUAUAUCUGGUAACAAUUGGCAAAAACCACAAGGAUCAACUUACACAGGAGUAGGAGGAUUUGGAGCAUGUGUUUACAAAAAUGUUGUGUAUAAACAAGGACAGUCCUGGGAUGAUGGAUGUGAUUAUGUGUGUACAUGUGCAGAUGCAACCAAAGGACAGUAUAAUUGUGUAUCAAAAUGUCCACAACUUCCCAAUCCUCUACCAAGCUAUUGCAAGAAAAUGUCCAUACCUGGUCAGUGCUGUGUAAAUGUGAAAUGUGACAUUCCUGGGGUAUCAUAUAAACCACCAAGUGAAAUCAUAGCUACUGCAGCACCAACAAAUUCAUUUGGAUUGAUCACUAAUAGACCAGGCAUUAUUAUUGUGGGGACUCCAAAACCAACAGCAACACCUGACUUGCCAGGAGGUGGCUUCCCUAUCCUUCAACAACAAUUUUCUCAAGUCAGAAGUCAGUGUAUAUUCCACCAGAAAGCCGCUGAUGGAAAACCAGAAAAAUACUUGGUGUAUAACCAAGGAGAAACCUGGAAAGAUGGGUGUGAAUUUAGUUGUCAGUGUAUGGAUGGAAAGACUGGAUACUACUAUUGUGAUCCUUUAUGUCCUGUAUAUAACAACUUACCAUCAAACAAAUGUUACCUAUCACGGGUUGAUGGACAAUGUUGUAACCAGCCUAGAUGUCAAUUGGACAGUGGUAAGGUAGUAAACCCACUGCAAACACAGACCAAAUAUACCAUUAUUGGAACACUGCCUAAUGGUUACACUGGAUUUGGUCCAAACUACAACUUCUCUAGUACAUUAGUGGGUGGUAACUAUCAAAGUCAAAGUGGUGGAAGAAAUGUCUGUAUAUACAAAGGAAAGAUUUACAAGCAAGGCCAACAGUGGAGUGAUGGAUGUGACUUUGACUGUAGAUGUGACGAUGCAAAUAGGGGUGCCUUCAGUUGUACUCCAAGAUGUCCAACCUAUACAUCACUGCCAUCAUUCUGUUCACUUGUAAAAUCUGACCGUGACUGCUGUGCUCGACCAGUUUGUCACAAGCCACCAGUCACAUUACAACCGCCAACAACAACGACUGCGUUACCCACACGUCCCACAUGUUCUUGGUGUAAUGAUGGACUAGACAAUUGUAAAUCUUACGGACAAUCUGCCUGCGAAGGCCAAUAUAAACCAUGGGCUAAACGUAACUGUGCUCAUUACUGCAACUUCUGUGAUUGCAGUGCUGCUCCCACGACAACAACAGAUCCUUUCACUGAUCCUACAUGUAUUGACAAAUUAGAUAACUGUGGUGACUUUGGAGACGACGCAUGUUCAGGAAUAUUUUAUACAUGGGCUCUUGAUAAUUGUCCAAGACACUGUGCAUUAUGUACUGCUUUACAUUCAACUGCUUCUCAAAAUAGAUGUCAGGAUAAACAAGCCACGAUUUGUAGCUCCCAGAAAAGUGUUAUCUGUUCAAAUGCUGCAUACAAACUUUGGGCUGAAGACAAUUGUCAAAAGACAUGUGACCUUUGUCCAGGACAAGUAAGAACAACACCAACACCUAAAGGUUGUUCAUUUAAUGGAAUUGAUUACCAACAUGGCGCUAAGUGGAAGGAUGGCUGUGACAAGAAUUGUACUUGUGUCGAUGGUCUCUACAAUUGUAUAGAUAUAUGUCAAAAAUAUCCAAAUCUUCCAUCAAACUGGCAACUAGUGAAAUCUCCUGGAGAAUGCUGUCCCCAUGUUGUCAUUGGAAUUGGUGAACCUGUAUGCAAUUAUGGUGGAAAGACUUAUAAGCAGGAUGAAACCUGGUCUGAUGGUUGUCAGUUUAGCUGUGUCUGUAAUGAUGCCAAGAAUGGUCAAUAUCAAUGUAAAGAAAAGUGUCCAGUAUGGCAUUUGCCUGAUGUUUGUACAUGGAAUCCAGCCAAACCAGGAAAAUGUUGUAGACAACCAACAUGUCCAAAACCAUAUGUCAUUACUGGAUAUCCAGAUGCAUAAAUUUCAUGAAUUGUUCUUUUUAAAUAAAGUUAUUUGUCAACAGGAA